AUGUCCGGCAAUGACAUGCAGGCACUGGCAAAAGGUCAAGGCUACGAGUGCUGCUUCAUAUUACCUGCACAGUUGGACUCUAGAUAUGACUAUGAUUUCCGCUAUUAUGCACCAGACCACGAGCUGGAGAUGUGUGGCCACGCAACUGUAGGGGCAAUCUGGUUACUAUCGAAUCUUGAGAUGUUAGCGAAAGAAAAUAUACGAAUCUCGACUAAAAGCGGUAUCGUCGAGGCCACAGUCUCGCGAACAUCAGGAGAGGGCAGUGACGACGAAAAAGAGAAAGCGAUAUGGGUUGAAGUAUCUCAGCCAGCAGUGAACAUGUUGGAGAGCAUACGACGACAGGACCUCAUCGAUGAGAUUCUCUCCGUUUUGGGAAUAUCAAAUGAUGAUCUUGUUCCUGGAUUGUCCAUUCGAAAUGCAGCGACAAGUAGAGUGAAGACGCUCAUUCCAAUCAAGUCUGUUGCGGCACUUAACAGUCUCGCACCUCAAUUCGAUCAUGUCCAAUCCCUUUGUGACGCUCUUGGCAGCACUGGUCUUUACCCAUAUGCAGUUUCCGACCUAGAGGAUCAGGUAUUCGAGGCGAGGCAGUUCCCUAGGGGAGCUGGGUAUCAUGAAGAUGCAGCGACAGGUGUUGCGGCAUCUGCUUUGGCAUUUGAACUGUUGGAAAAUGGGCUUCUGGUUGAUUCUGAAGAGACCGUCGAAGUGAAGCAGGGCUUUGCGAUGGGAUGUCCCUCCGAAAUUAGCGUUCGGUUUAGAGAAGCUGGUGGUCAUGUUGUUGGGUGUUGGAUUGGGGGUUCUGCUGUCUUAGAGGCAUGA